AAAUGGAAAAUGGUUUUGUGUCAAAAAUUGAUUGCAGAAUAAUUGUUUUGUGAGUUGUGCGCGUUACAUACACUCGACCAAUGUUUCAUUCAUUGUUAUAUGGAUAAUGUGAGCUAGCAAACUAAGCAAGUGAAUCUUAGAUAUCGUUGUAUACCGACCGAGAACGCCAAGAAGAUCUCAUUUCUUGAGAAGUUUGCGAUUUGUAUUUCAACAAAAGUGCAGUCAUUGUGAAGUCGACACUAAAUGACUAAGAGGAUAGACUUACAUUUCCAUACAAAUCCAAAUCCAAAGUCAUGUCAUUUUCUGUAUUGGCAUCAGCAUCAGCAUAUGAAGUUGAAAAUGAAGUUAAUUACUCAAACUCAAACGGACAACAAUAUGAUUUACCACUGUACCACAAACUGUUUGACGCAACGGAACCGCUUUUACAGGAAUCAUUUGCGGGAAGUAUUUUCGGUAAAUUGUCAAGUGUAACAUUUGAGUGGAAAAAUGGUAGCGAUUCAGAAUACACAUUUUUGAUACGGGAUAUGGUGCAAGGAACGUUACAAGCACAUGGAUUUGUCACCGACCUCAAUAUCAUCGUCAAAGACAUGGAUGGAAAUGAAAUGCUUCACAUCAGGAAUGCAAACGGAUCACUUAUGCACACCUUUGAAGUACUCCAUAAUGAUGGGAACAUUGGUUCAGUGGAAUACUAUCCAAAUGAUUCAGUCAACACCUGCCUUAAGAUUAAUUCUAUGAACGCUAAUUUCAUUGUCAAGUCGCUGCACUUUGGCGACUUUGAAAUUUUUCGUGACCAAUCAUCUCCGAAUCCAUUGUGCAACAUUAAGAUUCCAUAUGGUAAAAUUUUCAUUGAAAACGAAUUUAGCGGGACCAUCAUAUUUCAUCCAGACACUGGCAUAACAAAUAUUGAACAAUUAUUGUGUACGGCUGCAGCAAUUGCAUUUAAAGUAACCAGGAAACGAUGUCUCGCAAAUAAAGAUAAAAAUACGACUUUUUGGGCCUACUUUUGGGGAAUUGCUAUCUUCUCUCUUCUAAUUGGAUUAGCUGUGUUUAUUUUCCAUUAGUUUUUUUAAGAAGGUUGGUAAUGGGAAAAUAUUCAAAUAAGCAAUCAAGGCUGUAAACUUUGGGGACGCAGAUCGCCAUUUUAUUAGAUACGCGGGAACACACCACUUUUGAAGAUUUUACAUAUAAAAAAAACUCAUCACAUCGUCACGGCGACGAGAAGACGAGAAGUAGGUGAAUUUUUUUUAUGAAAUCCGCCAUUUUAUCGUCAGUAGUGGUGUGUCACCCGAGUAUCUGUAUCUGCGUGACAUUCCCAAAGCUUACAGCCUUGUAAGCAAUAACAGCGACGGAACAUUUUCAUAUUAACAAUUUUACAUUAUUAAGUUUGUGCAAAUGCAAAUGACGUAGCUAUAAGUCAACUUAUAAAUCCUAAUUUUUAAGUUAUAAGCCAGUCACUUAUAAGUUAUGAGCCACAUGGUUAUCUAUGACGUAUAAGUCGACUACUUUGAAGUAAAGGUUAUGAGUUCAUAAGUUUAUAGGUCAAAGGUUUAUAGGUCGAAAGUUCUAGAGAUGGUGACCUGGUUGACCAUGUAAAGUAACAAAUCUUUAGGAACCAAUGUAAAGUCCAUUCAAGAAGGAAACGACCAGCACUAGGACCAAGGCAACUAUAUAUAGACGAACAUUUCAACUUGUCAAAAAUCUAAAAAGUUCCUUUUGAUAAUGAAAAAAGGCUUCAAUUCGAGUUCAACGAGCUAUAGAUCACUAAAAACGGCGCAUUAGAACCGGAGAAAACUCGCUUCCAGUUCUGAUGAUUCUCAUACAGUUCCGUACAUUUUACCCUCAUCGAGGUAAUAUAAAUGUUUCACCAUAGUUUUUGUACACUAAAUGUUUGUUAUUGCAAAAAAGAGAACUAAUUGUGCACUUUUGAUAAAUUAAAUACUAAAAUAAAGCUAGAUUUUUCAACAAAAAAAAAAUCAGGGAUAAGUUUUAUUCUUGAAAGAAAAUUCCUUAAUGUCAUUUUUUUUAAUUUCACUUUAUUAUUGUCCCUUUUUCUAAGUGUGGAACACAAUCAGUAGGAAACUGUAA